AGGUUGGGGGUGACGCGGCCCUGCACCAAAAGGAGGGGUGCUGGGGGGAUGGAGGGAAGGAGCUGGACUCGAAGGGCGUUGACAAUGUAGAAAGGCUAAAACCAGGCCAGCCAUUGGACAAGACUCGCCGCACCGCCGCGAUAGAGAGGCUCGAGGCGGGUUGGGGACUGUGGGGGGCGGAGGUAGCCAGGGGAACAAGAUGGCGGCGUAGGAGUGAGCCGCAGUCCGAGUGGGCGGGAUGACGUCGUUACGGCAUCGAGGCCCCGCCUCCACGCUCUGCGCUUCUCUCAGCCUGUCACGUCAGCCCAGAACCGCAGCGGUGGCGGUGGCGACUGGGGCUGUAGCAGCAGCGGCAGCAGCGGCAGCAGUGGCAGCUACGCAGCGGCCACGGCUUUAGGUGGGGAGGCCACAGAGGCGGCAGUGGGGGCGGCGGGACCCGACAGCAGCUGUCCGGUCUACUACUGCAACCGGCGGCGCAAAAUCCGCGGAGCCCCAGAGGCCCGGGAGGAGGCGGCAAUCUGCGCAGCGGCGGCGGCGGCCAAGACCAAGACCAAGGCUAGGCCCAGUCCCGGCUCAGCUCGGCAGCUCGCGCCCAGUGGGUAAGGCCCAAAUCCGCGCCUAGCGACCCCAUCGCGACCGGUCCGCGGCCCUUUCCUUCCCUGCCCUCCCGCCGGUCACCAUCACCUCAGCGCCGCCCCGUCCCCGACCGCCCUGCAGGAUGGCGAGCAGCAUAGUCGGGGGCAAGUACGAGCUGCUGAGGAAGGUCGGGGCCGGCUCUUUCGGUGACAUCUACCUGGCCAUCAACAUCACCAAUGGCGAGGAGGUGGCGGUGAAGCUGGAGUCGCAGAAGGCCAAGCACCCGCAGCUGCUGUACGAGAGCAAGCUGUACAAGGUGCUGCAGGGAGGGGUGGGCAUCCCCCACAUGCGCUGGUACGGCCAGGAGAAGGACUACAACGUCCUCGUCAUGGACCUCCUGGGGCCCAGCCUGGAGGACCUGUUCAAUUUCUGCUCGCGCAGGUUCACCAUGAAAACCGUGCUCAUGCUGGCCGACCAGAUGAUCAGCAGGAUCGAGUACGUGCACACCAAGAACUUCAUCCACCGGGACAUUAAGCCCGACAAUUUCCUGAUGGGGAUUGGGGCUCACUGCAACAAGCUGUUCCUCAUUGACUUUGGACUGGCCAAAAAGUACCGCGACAACCGAACAAGGCAGCACAUUCCCUACAGGGAAGAUAAGAACCUCACUGGCACGGCCCGGUAUGCCAGCAUCAAUGCCCACCUGGGCAUCGAGCAGAGCCGACGAGAUGACAUGGAGUCCCUGGGCUAUGUGCUGAUGUAUUUCAACAAGAGCAGCCUGCCCUGGCAAGGCCUGAAGGCUGCCACCAAGAAGCAGAAGUACGAGAAGAUCAGUGAGAAGAAGAUGUCCACCCCCGUGGAGGUCCUGUGCCAGGGGUUCCCGGCAGAAUUCGCCAUGUAUCUCAACUACUGCCGUGGCCUUCGCUUCGAAGAGGCUCCUGAUUACAUGUACCUGAGGCAGCUGUUCCGCAUUCUUUUCCGAACUCUGAACCACCAGUACGACUACACUUUCGACUGGACAAUGUUAAAGCAGAAAAUGACCUAAAGGACUGCUCUGGUUAGCGGGUUCGGGUUAGCAGACCCCCAGAACCCCACAGAGAAACAUAUGAAGUAGAGCAGGUGAUCAGAGCCGAUCUUGUUACUCCCCCAGUGUAGACAUUUUAGUUCACAUGUACACUUGCCAGUGGUUGUGGGUAACCAUUUACUUGAUGUAAAGAUCCUAAUUUCAGUAUAAACUGGCUCUGGUCAACAUUGGUCCAACAUUCAGAGUUGUAGCUGCUGUGUUUGUGAAUAUUAACUGACAUAGUGAAACAUGAUGUUCAGUUUUCUAUUGCAUUUUUCCAGGAGAAAAGUUUAAAUGGUUGACACACAGGCAGUGGAGAGAAAUUGUGUAUAUGCCAAUUUUUUGUUACCUUCUGUUUUGAUCCAAUCCUAACCCUAAAUUGUGCUUUGAAAUCUUGUUUCAAAAGAAUGGCAUGAACAGUUUUCAACCAUGGUUGUGAUAAUUGUAAAUGCUACAAUUGUACACUUGUGAAGUUUUGUUUUGUUUCUUCCUCCCUGGGGUUUGACUGUUGUAAACUUAAACAUUCUUAAAUUUGUUGGCUUCUGUGUGCAAGGCAGCUGACAAGGCAGUAACCAAAGAUUCCAGUUUUUAAGCAUCUGAAAGACUCUGCCUGCUUAAUGUGCUAGAUAUAACAUCAUCUAAGUGAAGACUUAAGAAAACCUUAGUGACGACUACUAGAUUAUCUGUAGUGCUCUGCAUUAACUAUAAUGUUCUUGAUAUUCAAACAGAAAAAUAGCCUAUUUGUCACAAAUUUUGUUAACAUCUUAUGAAUCUGUAUGUAAGUUGCUUAUAUAAAUGUAAUCCCUGUAAACAUCUCUAUGACCCAGAAUUUUGUUUUUAUGUUGAAAUGAAUUGUUUUGUUCAUUAAAAACUAAAAUUGAUUAUGUUUAAAAAAAA